AUGGUCCAGCUCACUCCUGUCCUGCACAAGGCCUACCAUGGGGGCCACUUAACCAUCCGCCUUGCCCUGAGUGGCUGUACCAACCGGCCUUUCUACCGCUUUGUGGCUGCUCACAACAAGUGGCCCCGGGAUGGCCAUUUCGUGGAGCAGCUGGGCUCCUAUAAUCCACUGCCCAACAGUCACGGGGAGAAAAUCAUUGCUCUCAACCUAGAGUGGAUCCGGCAUUGGAUUGGCUGUGGGGCCCAUCUCUCUAAGCCUGUGGCAAGGCUUCUGGGUCUUUCUGGCUUUUUCCCUCUGCAUCCCAUGAUGAUCACAAAUGCUGAGAGGCUGCGAAGGAAACGGGCACGUGAAGUCCUCUUAGCAUCUCAGAAAACAGAUACAGAGGCUACAGAAACAAAAACAAGCUGACUUCAGUGAGCAGAGAACAUUGGGAGAAAGGUCAAAGCCCUCUUAAAACACCUGUGCA